CAAGCGGUCACAAGCAGCGGGAUACAAAUUUCGCGCGGGCAGCGCUUAGUUGGGCCAUAAAGAGGAACGGACCGGAAGUGGUGGUUGUCAUAGCUACCGAUGUGCCCAGCCUCUUCCCCAUCUCCUACUCCUCCCAGUACUCUUGCUCUGUUUUUAUGAGUCCAGGGCAAUAAGACGACCAAGUGCUUAUGCCCCAGGCUCCCCAAAACGCAGCUAGCAGCUACAACGACUGCGUUUGCUGGUAGAUUUCGGAGAGGACCAGACCGGAAAUGGUAGUUUCCAUGGUAACUCUUGAACGGGUUGCCUGGGAGAUGACCCCCUUCGGUUUCUUUGAGUCUUUGCUGUAGUGUCACCUAGAAGACCUAUCUCACAGAUUCUGAACGGUCUCCUGCCAUGAUUCCUGGGAAAUACCGCUCCGUUUCUGGCCGGGCUGCGAACAACGUGAAUUGUGGACUUCAUCUGGUUAUUCAGACAUCAUCACUUCCUGAAAAAAGCAAAGUUGAAUUCAGGCUAAAUAAAGAAACAUCAUCAUUUCCUGGUCGACUCUUACAACAUGACCUUGAAAGAAACUACUCAAGUAGGCAAGGUGAUCAUGUUAAUUUGGUGAGCUCCUCGAUGUCUUCAUUUCCUAUUCUACAGCGUUCUUCUGAAGAGAAAAUUCUUUACUCAGACAGGUUGACUCUAGAAAGGCAAAAGCUAACAGUGUGUCCUAUCAUCGAUGGGGAAGAGCACCUUCGUUUGUUGAACUUUCAACACAAUUUUAUAACUCGGAUCCAAAAUAUUUCUAAUCUUCAGAGGCUAAUAUUCUUGGAUUUGUAUGAUAACCAGAUUGAAGAGAUUAGUGGGCUUUCUACUCUGAGAUCUCUCCGUGUCCUUCUUUUGGGAAAGAACAGAAUUAGAAAAAUUUCAAAUCUGGAGACUCUAAAAAGCUUAGAUGUCUUGGACCUUCAUGGAAAUCAGAUCACCAAAAUUGAAAAUGUCAAUCAUUUGUGUGAUUUGCGAGUUUUAAACCUUGCCAGGAACCUUUUAGGUCAUGUGGAUAACCUCAAAGGCCUGGAUUCACUAGCUGAACUUAACCUGCGACACAAUCAGAUCACUUUUGUGAGAGAUGUGGAUAAUUUGCCCUGCCUCCAACGUCUUUUCCUCAGCUUUAACAAUAUCUCUAGUUUCGAUAGUGUUUCCUGCCUGGCUGAGUCUACCUCCCUGUCAGACAUCUCUUUUGAUGGCAAUCCAAUAGCUCAAGAGUCAUGGUACAAACACACGGUUCUGCAGAAUAUGACGCAGCUGCGUCAGCUAGAUAUGAAGAGAGUCACGGAAGAAGAAAGGCGUAUGGCAUCUGUUGUAGCCAAAAAAGAGGAAGAGAAGAAGCGGGAGAGCCAUAAACAAUCUCUGCUCAAGGAGAAGAAACGGUUAACAAUUAACAACGUAGCUCGAAAGUGGGACUUGCAACAAAAUCGAGUAGUGAAUACUCUGACAAGUCAAGAUGGAAAGGAUUCUGACUCCCCUUCUCAGGACACCCCACAGAUUGAAGGAAGCGCCGUGUCUACAUUUACAGAGGAAACAGGGUCUGUGGACUCAGGGCUCACUGUAACAGACACACACCUGGUGGAGGUGGAUGGAGACACACUUUCCCUGUACGGCUCCGGAGCACUGGAAUCUCUGGACCGCAACUGGAGUGCCCAAACAGCAGGAAUGGUCACAACAGUCUCCUUCACUUUCAUAGAAUUUGAUGAAAUUGUCCAAGUGCUUCCCAAAUUGAAGCUUAAGUUUCCUAAUUCUCUGCACCUUAAAUUCAAGGAGACAAAUCUUGUAAUGCUGCAGCAGUUUAAUGCACUAGCCCAACUCCGCCGCGUUGACCAGUUGACAAUCGAUCCUCAAGGAAAUCCAGUUGUCAAUUUUACUCUCUGGAAAUACUACGUACUGUUUAGGCUGAGCCAUUUUAGUAUGCAGAAAAUAAACGGGACAGAGGUGACGCAGAAUGAUAUGAUAAUGGCUGAAAGACUCUUUGGAAUCUUAGCGCAUGUGGCAUCUUCUGAGUUACCCCCAUACCGUAUGAUUUCCAUUCUGGGUGACGCCAGGAAGAAGCAAUUUCGGUAUCUUCUAGAAACCAAAGGGAAAAAACCAGGCAUUAUCAGUGAAGAAAAUAAUGAUAGUAGAAGACUCACAGGAGAAAACACAAAUCGUGCUACCUUGAAUUAUACCACAAGAGAGUUUUAUAAUGAAAAGCUGGAGGAAAUAAAGGAAAAAAAUAAAUUCUGCAAGAUGUACAUAGAGGACCUUGUAAAGGAAGCCACCGAAAUCAACAUGAAAAACGAGGCUUUGCAUAAGCUUUGGCCUCAGAUGUUUAUUGAGCUUGUUAGGGACGCCGUCAUAGAAAUCCGCAACAAAAAUUCCUACAUGAAGCUCUGCCUGCAACAGAUCACUGACCAAAAAUAGAAAUGGCUUACAGU